AUGGCGUCCCGGACCUUCUUCGCCCUCCUGGUGGCGCUGCUGGCAGCCUGCGCGACCACAGCUCCCUCUGAGAGGAAGGAGGGCGAGGCGUGCUCAUGGCGAGGCGGCGCUGGGGAGUGCCGUUUCGUCGAGGACUGCCCAGAGGUGCGGGUGAUGUUGAAAGAGGGAGAAGUGCCCGAGACCUGCUCCUUCGUCGCCUUCAAGCCCGUCUUCUGCUGCCCACGCGCAGAGAGCGUAGCCACGCGCAUGUGCGCGAAGUACGGCGAAGCGGUGUGGCAAAACGUCACCACAUUCGGACUCCCAAAACAGACGUACCGCGUCGAUCUCUGUCGCUUGAGAGAUACGCCGUUGGUGACGGGUGGCGAGCAGGCAAAGAAGAGUGAGUUUCCACACAUGGCGCUGCUAGGCUACGGGGAGUACGCGCAGCAGAACCUGGAGGACAUGGAGGAGACGUCGCCGUGGCAGUGCGGGGGCUCCCUCAUCAGCGACCGCUUCGUGCUCACCGCCGCCCACUGCGUCGUUCCU